AUGGCCCUGGUCAUCCUGGAGGGCGCGAUGGGAUGGUGCGGGUUUAUGCGAACAAUGGCGACAUCCGCGGGAUGCCUCCGCGAUACCCUCUACACCGUGACCCUGCGGAAGAUCAAAACGAUCAGCAAUACUAUAACAGGAACGGAUAUCAUGUUGGUGAUGGACCCGCCCGAAUACGGAACGCAUGGAGCCGGGCAUUGGGGCGAGGGAUAUUCUGGACCACCAGGCAAGUUUACACAUGAGCACGGCGAACAGCGAGGAGAAGAUAGCUGCAACAUUAUGUAG